AUGAGCGGAAAUAUAAAAAUGAAAUUUUUAAAUCAGUUAAGUUCGAGUGAUAGUAACGAAAACGCUUUGUCGGUCGGUGGAAGUACUCAUAGCGAUAUAAAUCGGGCACCGACAACAAUUUCGGGUAUGUCAAAUAAAACGGAUACGAGCGUUGCAAGUCACACUUCCGGUAGGCACAGGAAACAUAGGUCUAGAUCCACGACAAGAUGCGAAGAUAAACCGAGAAAGAAAAAACAUCACAUGGGAAGCGGAAGCACUUCCUUAGUAUCUAUUCCAAACGCUAUAAAGCUUUCCAUGUUAAACACGGGAUUGAUUUCGUUCGCUAGCAGAAAUGGCGUCAUAUCUACUAUACCCAUAACACCAACACCGUUAAAAAAUUUUCCAAAGCUUUGCGAGCAAAGACGAAAGUUUUCAGUUUUAUAUAAAGUGGAAUUCCAGACGGCGGUUAAGGUCGAAACUCAUUCUUGCAGGCAUGCCACAAAGCCAGCCAAUAAAGAAAAAAAUCAAAAUCCAAAGUGCAUUCCUUAUGAUUACAACAGAGUAGUUCUCGCUACCGAUGGAGAUAUACCAGAUUCAGAUUAUAUAAAUGCUUCCUAUGUAGAUAGUUUACUCAAACCGAAUGCCUACAUUGUAACUCAAGGGCCAACGGAAAAUACAGUACAACAAUUUUGGAAAAUGGUGUGGCAAGAAAAAGCAUCUUGCAUUGUCAUGUUAACAAAAACUUUUGAUUUUAUUAAGGUCAUGUGCGUACAAUAUUGGCCGGCAGCAAAGGACAAAAGCGAAUUGUAUGGAGAUAUUGAAGUUAAAAUCGUACACGAAGAAGAAUUGGCAAAUUUUCACAUAAGAACAAUCAAAUUAUCAAAAUAUGCCGAUUCGGCUGUCGUGGAAGAGCGUACACUCUUACAAUUUCACUAUACCGAAUGGCACAGUCACACUUGUCCUUUUUCAAAUGCAUUAUUAGAAUUCCGUAGACGUAUACGUGCUGUGAUUGGUUCAAGAGCAAAUCCCACGGGAGGACCUGUAAUAGUACAUUGCAACGAUGGAGGAGGAAGAUCGGGUGUGUACCUGUCAAUAGAUGCCAAUCUCGAACUUGCUGAUGAAGAAGACUGCUUCAACGUAUUCGGUUAUUUGAAAAAACUUAGACAGUCAAGAAAAGGCCUUAUCGAAAAUGUGGACCAAUAUAAAUUUGUUUACGAUACUUUAGAAGAAUUUGUAGUUUGUGGAGUGUCCUGGUUUCCGGUAAAAGAUUUGUCAAAUAGAUUAAAACAAAAAUCAAUGAAAAAUCCCACGACUAAAUUUAACGAAUAUCAAAGAGAAUUCCAGCAAAUUUGUAAACAAACUCCAAGAUUUACAAUCGGUGAUUGUGCGGGGGGACACAGAGGAGACAAUCAUGAAAAAAAUCGUGAUGUUUUAAUGGUUCCUCCCGAUAAUUUUCGACCGUACCUUACUUCCUUUCAGGGCAAUAGUUACACGGAUUACAUCAAUGCCGUUUUUGUCGAUGGUUACACGAAGCCGAGAGAGUACAUAGUCACGGAAUGGCCAUUGAAACACACGUGCGGUGAAUUUUGGUCUUUGGUUUACGAUUACGAAUGUUCAGCGGUUGUCGUUUUAUGCGUCCCCCCGAAAAAUUCACAAACAUACCCUUCGUUUUGGCCGGAAGGUAGACAUUCUAAAAAAUAUGGACCCGUUUUCACAAUAGAUCACAUUUCACACAAUCAUUACACGAAUAUAAAAACUUGGAUAUUUAGAAUAAAUAAAAAGAUUGUUUCGUUAACGGAACUCAUGGCGGGAGUUAAAGCUCCGGCUAAAACCGUUCAAUUAUUUCAACUCAUGUGUUGGCCGAUGGGACAUAAAGUUCCGACAUCGACAAAUUCAUUGGUAGAAUUAAUGAACAUGGUGGAAAGAUGGCGGCAAAGAACUGAUUACGGUCCUGUGGCAGUCGUAUCUCCCGACGGAAGGAGUAGGUGCGGAGUUUAUUGUGCAGCCAACGCAUGCAUCGAACAGGUUAUCCAACAUGGUGAAGUUGAUGUUUUUCAGGCUGUUAAAACCGUCCGGAGGCACAGGCCUCAACUAAUUGAAAAUAUGACAGAAUACAAAUACUGUUACGACGUGGUUUUGCAUUAUGUCUUACAUUAUUUAGACAAAGACAUGAAGGAAAAAAAAGGUACCAAAGUUCAAUUAUCACCCGACGAACACGAACAAACGGGAACGGAAGGAAUACAAAAUCACAUAAAGGAAAUAUCCAAUCAUCCGGGAUCGUAUUCGCAUAAGAGCGAAAUGAGAAGAUCACUUUACCAAAAGAAAUUCCUUUCAAGGUCAUCACUUUACUUGCCUAAAUCCGUGGACCAAAAUUUUGUCGCAUUAACCGAUUUUACCAGGCAAGCCAACUGUAAUUGUUUCGAGAAAAAAUUUCAAGUGCACGAAUUUAGUGCAGCGGAUUUUUCCGAAUCCGAACAUUCGUUGAAAGACGUCGAGGGUGGUUCGAGAACGUUCGACGAUAGACGAACGGUCGAAGGUGGGAGUCGAUUGUGUCGUAAUUAUUCGGAUGAAAGUCAUGAAAAAAUUUACGGGGCCGUUCUCAAUCGUAUGGAUGUACCCAACAGGAAAAGGGAGGAACCCGGAAAAAAAAAUUAUUUCGAAGAAGAAAGAGAAUCGUGGGGAGAAAGCAGGAACAGCGUUUGGUCAGUUAAAUUCGAAAGAGACGAUGAUGAUGAUGAUUCUUCGAUAAUUGAAAUGUCCGAAUUCAUGUCGUCGACAUCUUCUCCUUUCAUGAACGAAUCGAAAAAAUUAUUCCUUUCCGACGUCGUACCCGACACAGUUGAAAAUUCACCAAAAUGUUCUCCCGGUCGAUAUUUAGACAAUCACACGAUAAGAAUAAACUCAGGAAUAAGGAAAAGAGAUAGAUUUAGAAGGAGUAAAAGAGUCACCGUUUGUUUGGAUGAUGAACCCGAUGACCCUUUACCACCACUUUCGGAGGGUUGCAAAAAAGUCACGCUAUCGAAAUUGCAGUCAUGUUCAUUUGGGGAGUCGUCGAUGGGGGAUGCCUACGAUUUUUCACAAUUGGAAAACAUUGUUGCAUCGUUCGAAUCGGACGUGUGCGAAGUGUCAAGACCCGAUUACGAAGCUUUUUGCAAAGCCGUGACUUUUUCAAAUAGAACGUUUCAAGAACAAACGAAAAGGGAAAAGAAAGAUGGCGGAGAAGAAGAAGGGGAAGCGGGUAACGAUGAAGAUGGUAAGGAAUCAGGUCAAAAGGUGCAGUGCAGGGUGCUGUAG